AUGUCGGACGCCGCAGCUGGAGACAUUCCAGAUCCUUUUGCGCCACAAACUCACGUACCACACUCAGCCUUGAGCCGAAACACGCUACAUGGCAGCGGAUAUGAUCCCACCUUAUUCGACGAGUUUUUCGCGUCCCCAGCCUUCGGUGCAUGGUCUUCAGGUAGUAGGUCAUGGCAACUUCACUGCUAUGGAGAGCCUGGGUGUGGCAAAACGACUGUAGCUGCUUUUGCUGCCAAUCGUCUGCCAUCUGGCAUAAACGGGACCAAAACUGCUGUCGCAUCUGUAUCCAUCACUCAAUAUGUGUGGUCGACAUCAUUGGCGUUCAUCGAGGAUCUUUUUCAGUUCAUAUACUCAGAAUUCGGCAAUGAACCCAACGCGGAGUACGGAGCAUAUCAGCGCGCGUGUCGCUCCGGUGAUCCUGUAACCGAGCGCAUUGGGAAACUCGUCGGAGCUUUAAAGAGCUUCGCCUCCGGUGCUUGCAAGUUCCUCAUUCUCGACGGAUACGAUCGCAUCAACGAAGCAUUACAGUCGAUUGUCGAUACACACUUAUCCGCUCUGGAACCCAGCGGCUUCAAGGUGAUGAUCACACGAAGGGUUCCAGCGUUCUCUAUGUCCAUCAAUACAUAUUGCGACGAAUGCGAGCAGGAAUACCUUGAGCUCUGGUGGAAAUGUUCGCAUUGCAAUGAGUUCGAUCUGUGUUAUGACUGUGAAAAGAAGAAGAGUCUGAAAGAACCUCACAUAUGCCCGGUAAAUGGUCUCAAGGAACCCUAUCAGCAUGUCAGCAUCAAGUUGGGUCACUUCAACAUGGAGCGCUUGCUCGAAGAAAGACUUAGCGUGCACUAUCGCGAUAUUCACUCCGAGAACACGAUUCGCAUUGUUGAUUAUAUUGAGUCAAAAGCUGGUGGCAACAUAACACUUGCGUUGUUAUAUCUGGAGGAUAUCUUUAUCCGCGACCAGAUCGCUACCUUCAGCAAAGAUCGAGUUGACGACAGGCUGCCCAGGGACGUCAUUGCUUAUUUUGACACCGAGAUGAGCUUCAUCGAACGCAAAAUGGAACCCGAGCGCCUGCCUCCGCUCUAUGCAAUUGGUGCCGCUGCAGAUCAUGCGCAUGGGAUUUCUCUGGAAGAACUUGAACAGUGUAUACGCCUUGCCCAGAUCACUUGUUCGAGUUUAGAUUAUCCCAGGUCUGUUGAAGACGUCUUUACCGCAGCCAAUGGGUGGCUUACGGAUCUACGCACUGGAGAUCGAAAGGUGGAUAUAUGCUGCAAACCCGCCUUCUCUCUAUACGUGAAAGAGAAGUACAAUGAUUCGCUAGAACGGGCGAGGCACCAUGUCAAAUCUACGGCAGGAGAAAGGUCUGGUGCUACUCCAUUACAUCAGUUCCAAGAGACAUCCUCAUCGGACAAGACACCUGAUCUCUUAGGAAGCACAUUCGACACAUUGGCAAGCGACAGGCCUCCCCCGACACCGCUCAUGAGCCUCGAAGAUGGCCUUCGUAUCCGUGAGCUGGAAGGCACCUUUGGCCAGGCAUCAUUCCUCGACAAGGGCGAAGGGCUAGUCCAAUCGCCGCCUAGGAUCAACAGCGCUGAAUAUGUACCGCAAGCGUUUCAGGGCAUAUCUCCGCGCCAUAAGCCUGAAGGAAAAGCCACGCAACCAAAGCCAGAUCUAGCACAGUCGCCAGUGAGACUCAAAUCCUUGCACGACCAGCGAUCCAAGCUUUCCUUCCUACCGACACGACUUCUGGAUGUCGACACUGGAGAUGACAAUAUCAUCCGCUUAGUAGAUACGAAAACAACGAAAGUCAAGGGCCCUUAUUGCACGUUGAGUCACGCUUGGGGACCACGAGAGAAGCCGUUCCUCACUACCACCGUGUGGAACAUGGCGAAGCAUCUACUCACAGGCAUUACAAUGAACGAGCUUCCACGUAACUUCCAACACGCAAUACAUGUGACCCGCUUCUUGAAGGUGCGGUAUAUCUGGAUCGAUAGUCUUGCGAUCGUUCAGGCUCCUUUCGGCGACUUUGCAAAAGAAGCCGACCUCAUGCACAAGGUGUAUCGGUACUCGCAUUGCAAUAUAGUUGCAGCGGACUCAAAGGAUGCACACGGCGGCCUUUUCAAGACGCGAAAUCCUCACGAAAUCCUUCCGGUCACAUACCAGGGGACUAACGCGCGUCAUCAUUUGGGGAAGAAGAGUUGGACGAUUGUUCCAGCGGAUCUCUGGGAGCAAGAACUUCUAAGCUCCGCCAUAUAUAGUCGUGCCUGGGUCUUCCAAGAACGCAUCCUCUCUCCCCGCAUCCUCCACUUCACAAAGCAACAGAUCUUUUGGGACUGUGGUACACUCUCAGCCUGUGAGGUAUUCCCAAAAGGCCUUCCCUUCCCUCUCGACCACAAAGCGAGCACGGAUCGACACUGGAGAGGACGGCUAGCCAAAAGCACCGUCUCAUCCAACGCACUCAUCGGCGUCAACGACAAUGAAAGCUCCUACACUUUCUGGAUGUCAGCGGUACAAAACUACACGGAAUGCGAUCUGACUAAUCAAUGUGACAAGACAAUAGCAAUCUGGAGUAUCGCGAAGCUGUUACGCGAUUUCAUGAACGAGCAAUACGCUGUGGGUAUGUGGUCUGACGCGCUCGAGGAGCAACUAGCUUGGAGAGUGCGGGAUACUAAGUCAUGUAAGAGGAUACCGGAGCUCGAUGUCAAUAUCCCCAGCUGGUCAUGGGCAAGUCUCCAAGGUGCUGUUGUGCCUCAACACCGACUGGCUAUACGAGCGUACAAAGUCACGGAUCAUGCUGGCGCUAUCAUCAAUUUUGCGGUCAAGGAAGAGACUAGGCAAGGCGACAAGGAGCCUGUACUAGAAAGCAAAACAUUGGCUUUGAAGACACACAUCAACAUCGGGCGACUGGUUGAAGUGCAAGAAGAUCAAUACCGUCUCCAGUUCUCGAGCGAAACCUCUUGCGACAUCAUUGAACUAGAUGUCUUCCUCGACACCCCAUUAGCGACUACACGCAUCGAUCGAGAUCACUGCGCAUUCAUCAUCCUCGCCGCAUCCGCCCCUCCAAACACGACCGACACUCCCCACUCCCCCCAAUCUUCUUCCCUCCAAGCGCGCCAGACGUACUCCGGUGUAGGCCUCCUCCUCAUCCCACGCCGUACCUGGUUCGCCGACCAAGAACGGCUGUAUCGGGACUACAAAAGCGCACUAGCAGGCGCAGAACCGUCCCGAGAACAACAAUGGCGGCUGGAUGCAUUUGAGAAACUCGUGUUGCAGCCGCCAGAGCGAGUCAUGAAGAUGGAAGGAAAUAUUGGAAGCGUGUAUCGGCGGAUGGGAGCGCUGCAGUUUCGCGAUAUGGAUGAGCGGGCUUUCAAUGAGAUGACGGAUGCCAGGCAUCGGGAGGAUAUAUGGUUGGAGUGA